UUCAUCAAUCAUAAACGAAAGCCCUAAUCCCCAAUUUUCUUUCACUCUUUUUCUCUCUCAGCGAUUCAUCUCUUUUGAAUCCAAUCCAUGGCACCUAUGGGUCCCGGUUUUCGAUUCCACCGCACCGACGAAGAGCUGGUGGUGUUCUACCUGAACCUGAAGCGCAAGAUCACCGGAAACUUGUCCCGAUACGACCACAUUGCAAUGGUUGAUGUCUACAAGCUCGAGCCUUGGGACCUUCCCCCUCUGUCGAAGCUUAAGACGAAGGACUUGGAAUGGUACUUCUUCAGCGUGAUGGACCGCAAGUAUGGAAAUGGCUCCAAGACCAACCACGCCACCGAGAAGGGGUACUGGAAGACCACUGGAAAGGACCGCCUUGUGGCCCAUGGCGACCGCACCGUGGGGAUGAAGAAAACCCUCGUGUACCACGCCCCUGCUCUUUCUAUCACCGAUUGCCACCUCUACCAAGUUCAACUACCACCGAUUCCCACCUCUCCUCGGAUAUUGUCUCUUGUUGUUUGGUCUGGUUGGCCAUUGAAGGGUGAUCAAGCUUCUAUAAUUGGAGGUGCUAUUAACUUUGUCAAGGAGCUUGAGCAGAGGCAUAAGACCAAGAUGAAACAGCAAUAUUACAAGACACAAUAUUACAACAUCCAAUGUCAAAAUUCUCUCUACAGAAGCAGCAAAAUUACAUACUCAGAAGCAAUAUUACAACAACAGAAGAAACUCAUAGAUGAAACAGAAAGCCAGAGAAGCCAAAUUUCUUCCUCUUUGCACAUGGUGAAACAGAAAGCCAAGUUUCUCUAUUCUUCCCCCAAUGGCGUGGUCAGAGGCCCGCCAUCCCUCCACCUCCUGCCCCGCUACCCCGACGAAGCCUUCACCGGCUUCUGUCCCGCAUGCCUCUGCAAACGCCUCGUCCUCCUCGACCCCAACAACAACAACAACAACAGCCUCGCCACUGCUCGCAAACCUCCAUCCACUGCCGUCGUCGCCGCCCUUAAAGCCCUCUUCCGCCCUAGAAACCCUAGAAGAAAAAGGAAACUUAUUAUGGACCGAUUGAUCGGUGUAAAUCAAAGUUUAACCGGUGGAAAAAGUUUCUAA